AUUUCAAUACACAAGUCUAGUAAUAAUUUGUUUGAUUUAAAAAUAAUGUUUUUGUUAAAUAAAAUAAACUAAUUAAGGGAAACGAAUCUGAUAUUAAAAUACACGAAAUUAACGUAAAAAAACUAGACGUGAAAUAUUUUGUAUGUAAUGAUUGUAUAAAAGUAUUGUUUCCGCAAAUGGUAUAAAAUUUAUUAUUAGAGGUGUAUUUCAUGCAAUUAUAAUUACAAUAAUUAAUUCAGACACAAAUCUGACAAAACAAUUGGCUUCAUUUGUUGAACGGUAUAUUAAAACACUAUUUUAUAUUUCGAUGGGAAUGAGAGCAUAGAGUGAAAAGAAAAAGUUUUGAGAAGUGAGGAGAAGUGGAAGCGCUAUUGGGGUGGUUGGAGACGUGGCUAAAGACAGCCUAAAGCAUCAAUUAUCUGAAGGGAACGACACCAGUGACACCACUGGAACUACAGGUCCUGGAUAUGCCUGAAAUGACUGGAAACCAAUACAAUAGUGAUAUGAAUGGAGAGGAGAGCGAACCCAAAGAAAACGACAGAUUGAGUCCUGAAGACAGUGCUCUCAAUACAAGUGAUGUCAAAAUAAUGGAUAAAAACAAUUCCAACUCUAAUACCGACAAUAAGAAGUCGAGGUUUGAGAUCUUGGAGAACCGAUUCAGACGAGCCAGGAGUCAGUUGGAGUCCAACAGAAACCAUAGGAUUAUCCUAAUUCUUGCUAUACUUAUAUUCGUAUUGCUCGUCACUACCAUUAUAUUGUCCAUCAAAUUAAGUCUCAGACCACAACUCAUUUCUAAUCCUAAAUGUGAAACAAGUGAUUGUCUGAAAGCGGCCACAAGUGUUGUCAGUGCCCUCAACACCACUUAUGAUCCGUGCCAUAACUUCUGGCAGUUCUCCUGCAAUGGGUGGACCAACAAGAAUGCCAUUCCAGACAAUAGGGGCAGUUGGGCCGUCACUGACCAGAUCAGGGAUCGCAUCCAACACGAACUCAGACACUACAUCGACCUCAUCGGUCAGGGUGUCGAUGAGGCUGAUCCUCAAUUCAAAGUCAAACGCUUCUAUUCCUCGUGUCUUAAUGUGGAAGACAUUGAAUACAACUCUAUUUCGACCAUUAAAUAUGAAAUCCAAGAGAUUGGUGGCUGGAGUUUGUUAAGCUCCUGGUCCUACCAGAGUUGGGACAGGACUAAAGUCAUAGAAAGACUUCAUACCAAAUAUGGUGUCAACCCUUACUUUAAAGUGUCGGUCGGACCCGACGAUCUCGACCCCAACCAACCCUUUAUUAUUAAGAUAGAGCCGUCCGGAUUAGGUCUGCCAUCAAAGAACUACUACUAUGACUCCAAAUAUGAAAAGCAAACGGAGUCAUAUAAAAACUUUAUGAGAGAAUUGGCUAAACUAUUCAACGCUCAGUCCAUUCAAGCGAAUCAAUUCGCAGAAAAUAUGUUUAAUUAUGAGAAACGUAUCGCUGAAGUGACUCCAGAUCUCGAAGAAUACGAAGAGCCAAACAAUUACCUGAAGAAACGCUAUUCCAUUCGGGAGUUGAUGUCAAUCGCACCGUCAAUAAAAUGGCUUAAUUUACUGCAAAACUAUUUCCCAAAUUCACAGCUAAACGAAGGCACCAGAGUUUUGGUGGCAUUUGAGCCCUAUUUGCGAAACAUUUCAAACAUCAUCUCCACUACAGAUAACGGUGCUGUCAAUGACUAUUUGAUGUGGCGGUUCACGUCCACAUACGCGCCCUACCUGUCCAAAGCAUUCCGACUCAUUCACAAUGAAUUCCAACAGUCUAUGAAUGGUCUCGAGUCUAAUAAACUUCGUUUGGCUGAAGAGCGCUGGGAGUUCUGCCUAAGGAUUACAUCGAAAUUCUUGGGACAGGCGUUGGGCUCGAUGUUCAUCAAGAAUAAGUUGCCCACAAGAUUGGAUCAGUCAAAUGGUGCCCGAAGUCAUGUCAUUAAUUACAUUAAGAGUUCAGUCUUAGAAAAUAUCAACUCAUUUGUGUGGGCGCGCAGUGAUGAGGCCCGGGAUCUGAUCAAUAGGAAAGUCCGUCAGUUGGAGUUACUUAUAAGUCAACCAAAUUUCGUCCUCAAGAAUGACAUCGAGAAGUAUUACAACGAAUUCAUAGUUCAGAACAGUUUUUACCAAAAUAUUCUGAAUGGCAUUCAUUUCAAUAACCGUAAGAAUGAUAUACUACUCAAGUCUCGCAAUUCAGUUUCGGAUUAUAGCUGGAAGUUAUUGCCUCAAGACGUUGAUAUCGCUUAUGAAUACGCGGGCAAUAAGUUGACAAUUCCGGCCGGUUUUCUACAGUUCCCAUUAUAUGACACAAACCUACCCGUCCCAAUGCAAUUCGGUUCACUGGGCUUCCAUGUGGCCGCACAUCUGUUACGUGCCUUUGAUUUAACGGGUUUGCAGUACGGAAUGCCGGACUUCCGGCUCUCCAGUGAACAGAAAUGGCGAUCACCUGAUGGUCAACAGGACUUUGAUAACAGUCUCGAGUGUUUGUCCAAAGAUUUACAAUAUUUGUCAGAAAAGACUCAAUUGAUGUACCCCAAUCUGACGUUAUCGCAGACAUACAUAGAUGUGGGGGCUUUGGAGUUGGCGUUCGCCGCCUAUAAAAAUUAUGUGUCCGAAAAGGGCGAAGAGGGACACCUCUCCGGUGUUUACUUAAAUAGCGAACAACUGUUCUACACGUCAUUUGCACAGUCAAUGUGUGAAUCGGUUCGACCCGAGAGAGCACUCAUUAAAUCUGAAAUCCAAACAACACUUCCGAAUGAACUGCGAGUUAUGACAGUUUUGCGGCACUCGUCCAGAUUUGCACAGCUAUUCAGGUGUAAAGACUCCUCAUCUAUGAGAGCCGAACAGACCUGUCAUUUGUGGGGAUAAGCCUACAAAGUUUGUAUACUUUGCGGUUCAAACAAAUGGCAUCUUAUCUUAAGUGUCACUUAAUGGUCAGAUUGGCGUCUGAUUGGUUUGCACUCGAAUUAAUCAUUUGUAAAUAAUUAUGAUUAAAAAACUGUGAUUUUUGACAUUUGGGACAAACUUUUCAAAAGUCGACUCAAUAGCAGAACUCAAAACGACUUCUUUUCACAUUAUGUUAUAAUCAUAUCUGAAAACCACUUAUUCUUAUAAAAUAUAGUUAUUAAUGAAUAUAAUUUAUUUUUAUUGAGAAAGUAUUUACAAAUCAACUAUUUUUAUAUAUCAUUAGAAGUACUAAAAGCACAACCGUUUUGUGCUCUAAUUUAGUCUCAAAAUCAGCU